UGAUGCUCUCCAUCAUUCCACCUAUUUUUCUCUCAAUUCGUGACUGCCGUUGACCGUAUCACCAUCGGCAACAGCUGCGAGAAGUUCUACUCGGAUACAGUGCUGAGCACCUGUUUUUCACGCUGGUCUCUCCGUAAUCGACAUCCGCUGGCACACACUGCGCUCUCUCUCUUGUCCGCCGUCGCGAUCUUCUGCCCGCCUUCUUCGUGGCGGUCUCCUCUUGUCUUGACGUUCUUUGCGAUCAGAGACACACGUACUCAACAUGAGGAUACGAAGGAGAACACCAAUUCUGCUGCUGGCUCUCCCUGCCAUAGUCGCGUCCCUAGCCGUUGACCCCAACUCCAAGGCCGGUCUCGUUGACCGUUUGUCCUCAGAAGAUGCUCCAGAGCCACAAAGAGCCAAUGCGCUCAUUCCACCAAAGCUUGACAAGGGCACCAAGGAUGCACCGGUUGACGGUCUCGACGGCAAGCCGCACGCCGGUCCUUUCGUGUAUGACACAAAGGAGAAAACAAAGUUGGAGUCGAAGAUUGAGGACUUAUCGGGUUCAAGAUCUAGUAGUGAAAUCGAUAAGGCGAGGGAAGAGGGAUGGGAGAUCCCCGAGAGAGUCGACAGCGUCAUGACAGAUAGAGAGGGUGAGAAGAAAGCAGCAGGAGCGUUGGACGGUACGGAAGGAGGCGUGACGGAGAAGACACGGAACAAGUUGACUAAAGGAGAUGAAAAGGAAAAGAAACCAGAGGGCCCUAAAGAGGUGCUAGAGCACCACGAACAUGAGAAAGAGAAGGUCAUGCAAGGUGGAAAGGAUACCGCCUUGACGAAAUCGUCGAAGUCGUCCAGCAAGGAUGAGAAAAAGGAAAAGAGUGAAAAAGGCAUUGGUGGCCUAGAAAAACCGGUAGAUCUGCCUGACAAGCCCCACGACAUUCCUCAUCCAAAGCCAAACAGCUACUCUGAGUCGCCGAGCAGCAAGCACUCAAUACCGCAUUCCAAAUCCGACUCAGACGUUGGCCUCGAGCAAGAAGCCACUGGUGUCAUCCAGCCAUUUCACUCCUUUGUUCUUUCAUUGACCAUGAUUCUGGUUUCUGAGAUUGGCGACAAGACCUUCCUCGUCGCUGCGCUCAUGGCCAUGCGCCAUCCCCGAACUCUGGUCUUCAGCGCCGCAUUUGGCGCUCUCGUCGUCAUGACCGUGCUCAGUGCGGUGCUUGGACACGCAGUCCCAACCCUGAUUCCCGAACGGCUGACCCACUUCGCCGCUGCGAUUCUCUUCUUGAUCUUCGGCGCCAAGAUGCUGAGAGAAGGACUUGCAAUGGAUCCCAACGAGGGUGUCGGCGAAGAGAUGAAGGAGGUCGAAAUGGAGCUUGAGGAAAAGGAGCAUGACAUGGCGCGGAGAAACUCCAAGCGACGAUCGUCGAAUGCCAUUACUCCUUAUGCGCUCGAGUCUGGCCGGGGCAGGCGCUCUCGGAGCGACUCACGUCUUCCUGCACCUCCACGAUCGCCGUCCGGAUCGCCAGCGCGGUCGCCAUCGCCUUCAGGUUCUAGACUCAGUGGUAUUCUAGACGGACUGACCAAUCUGUCCAGCUUGCUGUUUAGCCCAGCAUGGGUGCAAACUUUUGUCAUGACUUUCCUCGGAGAGUGGGGGGAUAGAAGUCAGAUUGCAACUAUCGCCAUGGCCGCUGGUAAUGACUACUGGUGGGUUACGCUAGGCGCUCUGGUGGGACACGCGUGUUGUACCGGGGUUGCCGUCGUCGGAGGAAAAGCUAUUGCUGGGAGGGUCAGCUUGCGCGUUGUGACUCUCGGAGGAGCAAUCGCCUUCCUCGUGUUUGGAUUCAUCUAUCUUGCGGAGGCCAUGGCGCAUUCAUAGAAUUUCUUGCUAUUCUUGUGUUUCUACGGCUUGUAUAAUUCUUUCUGCAUAUUCGAACGGCAUGCUAGGUGUUUGGAUGAAAAGCGUGUAAGCCUCGACCGGUAGCUGAACGGGUAAAAAGGAGAGGCAAGUGUAUGGUCUCUAUCCUACGAGAAAGGAAUUGGUGUAAUUGCCAAUAAUAAGCAACGCACCUGGUGCAAAGAGCCAGGACCAUUCUGAUAGAUCAUCAAUUGACGCUUUCCUUUUCUUUCU